UUAAGUCAUUAUGAUGUCAAUUAGGCUUUUAUUUCUUUUCGGAGUGGGUACUGAGAAAAAAAAUUGCUUUGUGUCUUUGAAAUUUAAAAGGGCAAAAAAAAGGAAAAGAAAAAAAAAAGAAGGGAAAAAAAAAAAGAAAAAGAACAGAAAUUUUGAAAAUGGGAGGAAAAAUUCUCAAAAAACUUCCAUAAAAAUAAAUUGUAUAAAGAUUAGUUCAAAAGCAAAAAGAUUUAGAGGGGAAGAUAUCAAAGAAAAAAGGAAAGAGAAAAGAAUGAUAAAAGUUGAUAAAAUAUGAGAGUGUCUGAGAAAAAUGAAACAUGUAUAGGGAGAGGAAUUGCGGUGAAGGUAUUUGAAGAGGAUUGGAUGUAGAAUGUGAUUUUAAUUGCUUCAUCUUUGCUGACAAGAGAGCAAGGACUCGUGUGUGGAGAACAAAGACAAAUUUCAGGCAUGCAGUUGUAGUUACAGAGCCUCUUGCUGCCGGCAGGGAUGGUACAUUCCAAAGGAGUGUGUGCCAGGGUUGAUUAUGCAUGCACACCUGAAGAAGUGCAGCAGCAUUUCCAAUCGUGCGGUACUGUUAAUAGAGUGACUAUACUGACAGAUAAAUUUGGCCAACCAAAGGGUUUUGCAUACGUAGAAUUUGUAGAAACUGAAGCUGUUCAAGAGGCACUUCUUCUGAGUGAAUCCGAGCUACAUGGCCGGCAAUUGAAGGUUAUGCCUAAGAGAACCAAUGUUCCUGGGAUGAAGCAGUACCGCCCUAGACGUUUCAAUCCUUAUUCAGGCUAUCGCUUCAGGCGGCCAUAUGUUCCACCUUACUUCUAUUCUCCUUAUGGAUAUGGGAAGGUUCCCCGAUUCAGAAGGUCAGCCCGAUACAUGCCCUACUAUUAGAAUGUUCAAUCUUAUAUACGUCUUGUGGAGUUGUUACCCAAGAUUGUUUGCAUCUUAAGAACUGGCUUAUACAUCUAGUGGAUGUAAUAUUUGAUGGUUUUAUCCGAGGACCAAGGUUGAUCAGUUGUAAUGCCUGAUAUUUUGUUUUGACAAAUUUUCAUUAUUGCUAUGAUACAAUGCACUUGGAAGCUAUAAACUAGUAGAUUGAGAUAUUGAAAAUUAGGACUUUGCGUGCA